GUAGACCGAGCUUUCCCAGAGCACUCGCUGUUUAGAGACUCAAUGGGUACAGGACAAUCGGCAUUAUUCAACUGUAUGCGCGCCUAUGCUGUGCUGGACGACGAGUGUGGCUACUGUCAGGGCAUGUCUUUCAUCGGGGGUCUCUUGCUGAUGCAUCUCCCCGAGGCCGAGGCAUUUGAGGUCUUAAAAGCCCUCAUGUUCACCCAGAAUCUCCGUGCGCGGUACAUGCCGGACAUGCAGGCGCUACAGCUGCAACUCUAUCAACUGAGUCGCUUGCUUCAUGACCAUGUUCCUGAAGUGUACGGGCAUUUUGACCAGCAUGACAUUGAGCCUUUUCUGUACGCCACACCAUGGUUCCUAACCUUCUUUUCAACCAGCUUUUCGGUCGAGUUUGCCAAGCGCGUCAUGGAUGCGGUGCUUGUGGGUGGAGACUCGAUUAUUUUUGCUGUCAGUCUGAGCCUGAUCCGAAUGGCUGCGUCGGAGAUUGCAGCGUGUGACAGCUUUGAGCGAACGCUCAACUUUUUGCAAGUGGCGUUGCCGCGCCUUGCGGAUGAGCACAUGGACAAGGUCAUGCAGGACGCGACGGACAUGCGCAUGGAUGCCGCACAGCUUGAGAUGUACAGCGACGAGUUU